CCAAAGGAAAUUAAAAACCCUAUUAAAAAUCCCAAUCUUUUUGCCCUUUCCUAUUCUCACCCUUUCACAGACAACAUAGAUCGUAACUACAUUCUCUGAUUUUCAUUAUUGGACAAUGGUUUCUUCAACAACAGUGGUGUCGCGGAGAAGAACCCAAGCUCCUAAACCACACUCAAAGUCCAAACAAAGUGAAAAUGUAGAAGACGAUUACGGCGAUACCUUGUGUGAGAAAUGUGGAUCCGGAAAUAACGCAGCUGAGCUCCUGCUUUGUGACAAAUGCGACCGCGGAUUUCACUUGUAUUGCCUAAGACCCAUUCUUGCAUCUGUGCCCAAAGGCUCCUGGUUCUGCUCCUCUUGCGUUAUUAACAACGAAAAGCUAACCAAAUUUCCUCUCAUACAAACAAAGAUAGUUGAUUUCUUCCGGAUUGAGAGACCAUCAAAGUCAUUAUUCAAUCUUAGUCCAGGCAAAGAUUGCCAGAAAAAGCGAAAACGUAGUAGUUUGGCAAUGUCAAAGAAGAGAAGAAGGUUAUUGCCCUUUAUUCCUACUGAGGAUCCUACCCGGAGAUUGGAACAAAUGGCAUCUCUUGCUACUGCUUUGUCAGCAUCUGGAGCAGAUUUCAGUAAUGAACUUACUUAUAUGCCAGGCAUGGCCCGAAGAUCAGCUAAUCGUGCAUCACUUGAGCGAGAAGGAAUGCAGGUACAACCUGAAAG